AUGGCGCUGACCGGGCGCAGCUGGCUCGUCCUCAGUGCCACUUUCCUGAGCGUGGGGGCCGAGAUCUCUAUCACCCCCGAGCCUGCCCAGCCAGCCGAGGGGGACAACGUCACAUUGACUGUCCACGGGCUUCUGGGGGAGCCGCUUGCCUACAACUGGUAUGCGGGCCCCACCUUCAGCGUGAUUUACCUGGUGGCCAGCUACAUCGUAAGCACGGGCGACGAGACCCCUGGCCCGGCCCACACAGGGCGGGAGGCCGUGCGCCCCGACGGCAGCCUGGACAUCCGGGGCGUCCUGCCCGGGCACUCGGGUACCUACAUCCUGCAGACUCUCAACAGGCAGCUGCAGACAGAGGUGGGCUACGGACACUUGCAGGUCUAUGAGAUCCUGGCCCAGCCUGUGGUCAUGGCCAAUGACACGGCACUGGUGGAGCGCCGAGACACCCUGCGCCUGAUGUGCAGCAGCCCCAGCCCCGCUGAGGUCCGCUGGUUCUUCAAUGGCGAAGCCCUGCCCAUCGCCAUCCGCCUUGGCCUGUCCCCCGAUGGCCGGGUGCUGACCCGGCACGGCGUCCGCAGGGAGGAGGCUGGAGCCUACCAGUGUGAGGUCUGGAACCCGGUCAGUGUCAGCCGCAGCGAGCCCAUCAACCUGACCGUGUACUUUGGCCCAGAACGCGUGGCCAUCCUCCAGGACUCUACCACCCGCACGGGCUGCACCAUCAAACUUGACUUCAACAUGUCCCUCACCCUGUGGUGUGUGUCCCAGUCCUGCCCAGAGCCCGAGUACGUGUGGGCCUUCAACGGGCGGGCCCUCAAGAACGGGCGAGACCACCUCAACAUCAGUAGCAUGACCGCGGCCCAGGAGGGCACAUACACAUGUAUUGUUAAGAACCCCAAGACCCUGCUUUCCGGAUCUGCCUCAGUGGUGGUCAAGCUCUCCGCGGCAGCAGUAGCCAUGACAAUUGUGCCUGUGCCUACCAAGCCGAAGGAGGGCCAGGAUGUGACCCUGACCGUCCAGGGCUACCCCAAGGACCUGCUGGUCUACGCCUGGUACCACGGGCCGGCCUCGGAGCCCAACCGGCUGCUCAGCCAACUGCCGUCUGGAAACUGGAUCGCAGGCCCCGCGCACACAGGCCGGGAAGUGGGCUUCGCCAACUGCUCGCUGCUGGUGCAGAAGCUGAACCUCACGGACGCCGGCCGCUACACGCUCAAGACAGUCACGUUGCAGGGCAAGACCGAGACGCUGGAAGUGGAGCUGCAGGUGGCCCCCCUCGAGUAGCAGCAUACCUGUGGCCGUGGAGACCUCGGAGAGAAGAGCUCUUCAUGCCGUCCCUCCCCCCCAUCUCCUCUCCCUGGGUGGAGGACCACUCGCUCCCAGUGAGGAUGCCGGACUGACCGUGGGUUCAUUCUCCUGCUUCCACAAUAGAGUUAGAACUGACAGGACCCUGCUCCUUCCCUGAGUUGUUGGAGAGCCAGAGGCCAUAAAUG